GGCCGGACGCUUCCGGUGGAGGGGAGCUGUGGCGGGGCUUGCUGGGAUCAUGGCGGAGAACCACUGCGAGCUGUUGCUGCCGGCCCCGGGCGGCCUCGGGGCGGGGCUGGGGGGCGGCCUGUGCCGCCGCUGCAGCGUGGGGCUCGGCGUCCCGACCCAGCGCCCCGGCAGCGUGUCCAAGUGGGUCCGGCUCAACGUCGGCGGCACCUACUUCCUCACCACCCGGCAGACGCUGUGCCGGGACCCGAAAUCCUUCCUGUACCGUUUGUGCCAGGCCGACCCCGACUUGGACUCGGACAAGGAUGAAACCGGUGCCUACUUGAUAGACAGAGACCCCACCUAUUUUGGACCCGUACUCAACUAUUUGCGACAUGGGAAGCUGGUGGUCAACAAGGACCUCGCUGAGGAAGGGGUGUUGGAGGAAGCGGAAUUUUACAAUAUCACCUCACUAAUAAAACUUGUAAAGGACAGAAUUAGAGAACGAGACAGCAAAACAUCACAGGUGCCGGCGAAGCACGUGUACCGUGUGCUGCAGUGCCAGGAGGAGGAGCUGACGCAGAUGGUGUCCACCAUGUCCGACGGCUGGAAGUUCGAGCAGCUGGUCAGCAUUGGCUCCUCUUACAACUAUGGGAACGAAGACCAGGCGGAGUUCCUGUGCGUCGUCUCCAAGGAGCUGCACAACACGCCGUACGGCACGGCCAGCGAGCCCAGUGAGAAGGCCAAGAUAUUGCAAGAGCGGGGCUCAAGGAUGUGAAGACAGUAUUGACAGGCGAAAAACGUCGUACUUUUCCCGAGAUGCAGCCAGCCGCCACGCUGAGGGGGCCUGGCUGUGAGGAGGGGCCUGCUUGUGACGAUUUUCUCUAGAGAGCGGGUCUGCGGGUGGUGAGAACAGUGUCCAGGCCGCCCAGGACCUGCCAGGCGCCGCUGACCUGCUGGGAAUGACUUUUUUUUUUUUUAAUCGUUGAAGAUCAUUUAAAGGACAACGUUCUUGGUGCUACAUAAACAGUCCCUGACGAGCAGCGGGCCCCUGCAGGAAGUAGCUGGUAGUCCGCCCGCUAUGGGACACCUGAAUCUGGGCGCUCGCCGGCCGUGUCCCUCCGCCUCGCCGGCGGCACCUGACAGGCGGCCUCGCGUCUCCUGCUCCCCACCCUCCCGGCUCUGCGUCCGGCGGCGAGUCUUCCUCUCAGCCACGCUCCGGUCACAGCUGCACGGAUGAGCCAUGGCGCCUCACUUUGUAUUUUCCAGGCGAGAGAACUGUCCCUCUCCCAGCGGGGUGGACGGCCAGCUGUUUUCCUUUUUGGAAAUGCCUGUGAGUGCUGCUGCACUCGGGUCGCUCCCGUCGGCCAGCCUGAAGAGAGCCGAGGUUUGCCUCCUCCCAUAAACCGGCUCGUGUGACACAGCGUCUGUGGGUGCCUUUGUUCUGCCUGCAGUGGCGUCGGGUGGGGAGAGGCUGCUGGGCGGGAGCCCCGGAUUCCUCGGAAAAUUCCGGGUGUUUACACACAUCACACGUCUCUCUCUCGCCUGCUCUCUCGUUUCCUUUGUCUAACUAUGCAGUUCUCUCGUGUUUUCGGAUGUACGAGACACGCUGCCUGCACAGGCUUGCCUCACCCAGCGAGCCACUGACAUGCCAGGACCCUGCCGCAGACGGCCGUUCACACGCCCCAAGUUCCCUGUGCCGGCGGCAGGCCUCAGAGGUGGAAGGACGUGGCGGGGUGGCCAAUUCUGCUUUUCCGGCCCCAGCUCUCCCAGGUGGCCGUGCACGCUGACCGCUGGGGCUGCCACGCGUAGGUCAGAGGCUCCGAUGCCCUCUAGUUUCACACGCUUCUGGAGCCUUCUCACCCCGCUCUCUUUUCCUUUGCCAAUGACCGGGCUAACCGAGUUGUCCAGCCUCUAGGGCUUACCUCCUCCUUUUGUACGGCCUGUCACACCUUGUUACAUGUUUGGCUUACACCGUUUAUACGGAACCUUUCUAUAAAGCAGAUCUAGCCGCUGCCGAGCGCACCCGCCCCGCGGCCCCGGGGGGAGGUGGCCCGUCCUUGGCCCAGGGUCGGGCUCCUUGGGGAGCUGCUGGCCACUUGGCGGCACCUGACUUAGGACAGUGACGUGAUAGGUAGGCUUGUGGUUUUUUAAUUUAAUGACAUUAAGACUUAAUCCACUAAAAUUUAUUCCAAGGGGAUAUUUAUACUUUUAUACUUUUUUAGGUAUCCGUAUUUUAUCAGCUUACAGUUUAAUGCCUAAGUUUCCCCUGAAAAUAGCAAAUAAAGUUGUGUAUUUAUGAAUGAGCAUAACAG